UGCUGGCGGCGCGGCCGCGGCCAGGGCUCGAGGCGGCGCCGGAGCGGCUCGGCGGGGCCGCGGCUCGCUCAUCGAAGGCGAAGGCGAAGGCUCAGGCUCAGGCUCCUUCCUGCGUCCGCUUCUGCGUUGUGUCCGGGCGGGCGGCCCGACGACGGCGAGCACCAUGUCGGUGGCGGGGUUGAAGAAGCAGUUCUACAAGGCCAGCCAGCUGGUCAGCGAGAAGGUUGGAGGAGCCGAAGGGACCAAACUCGACGAUGACUUCAAAGAGAUGGAGAAGAAGGUGGACGUCACCAGCAAGGCCGUCACUGAGGUGUUGGCCCGAACUAUAGAAUACCUGCAGCCCAAUCCAGCCUCGAGGGCCAAACUGACGAUGCUCAACACGGUGUCGAAGAUCCGGGGACAGGUGAAGAACCCCGGGUACCCCCAGUCCGAGGGGCUGCUGGGAGAGUGUAUGAUCCGCCACGGGAAGGAACUGGGCGACUCCAACUUCGGGGAUGCCCUGCUGGAUGCAGGGGAGUCCAUGAAGCGCCUGGCUGAGGUCAAGGACUCCCUGGACAUCGAGGUCAAGCAGAACUUUAUCGACCCGCUGCAGAAUCUGUGUGACAAGGACCUCAAAGAGAUCCAGCACCAUCUGAAGAAGCUUGAGGGCCGCCGGCUGGACUUCGACUACAAGAAGAAGCGCCAAGGCAAGAUCGCCGACGAGGAGCUGCGACAGGCCAUGGAGAAGUUUGAGGAGUCCAAGGAGGUGGCCGAGACCAGCAUGCACAACCUCCUGGAGACUGAUAUUGAACAAGUGAGCCAGCUCUCGGCCCUGGUGGACGCGCAGCUCGACUACCACCGGCAGGCUGUGCAGAUCCUGGAUGAGCUGGCUGAGAAGCUCAAGCGGAGAAUGCACGACGCCUCCAGUCGCCCCAAGCGGGAGCACAAGCCGCGGCCCCGGGAGCCCUUGGACUUGGGAGAACCUGAGCAAUCCAAUGGGGGCUUCUCCUGCACCUCGUCGGGGACCAAGAUUGCAGCCUCGUCGUCUUUCCGGUCCUCCGACAAACCCGCGCGGACCCCGAGCAGGAACAUGCCGCCCCUGGACCAGCCGAGCUGCAAGGCACUCUACGACUUCGAGCCUGAGAAUGCCGGAGAGCUGGGCUUCCGCGAGGGCGACGUCAUCACGCUCACCAACCAGAUCGACGAGAACUGGUUCGAGGGCAUGUUGGGGGGCCGCUCGGGCUUCUUCCCACUCAGCUACGUGGCCGUGCUGGUGCCGCUGCCCCAGUGACCCCACAUGGC